AUGGAAAACAACAAAGAGUCAACAGUGCCCAUUUCACCACCGGCCGCCGAACCAAUUGCAGAUUUUGCAGCACUGGCAGCGAAUAUACCGAAAACAGCGCCGGUAGAUCGCACAGCUCCGCCCGCAGAGUUGUCCGGAGCAUUGCCGACGGCGACGGCGUCGCCGGCAGCGCCUGAAGGGACACCGACACCAGAACCCACUACAACCACUACAAGAUCAUUGCCGGUAGCCGAGCCAAUGGCAAUCAUUCCGGCGGAGAGUGGGCCUCCGCCACAAUACGAUGAGCACGAGAAAGACGCAAUCACAACACCUGCACCGGCAGUUACAUUACCACAAACCAACGAGAAAGUUGUGCCAAUCGCUGCAGUUUCUCAGAGGGUCAUUCCAUUGGCCCAGCUUGGUGAAGAGCCCGGAAGGAUCAGUUGUCCAUUUUGCUUCCACGAGGUUCAGACCAGGGUGAACAAGGAGAGCACCAGCGCGACAUCUAUGGCGGCCGUCUGCUGCUGUCUCUUUGGCGGCAUCCUCUGUGCAUUCCUACCGUUCUGUAUGGAGAUGUGUCACGAUUCACACCAUUUCUGUACAAACUGUGGAGUACAAGUCGCUAUUCAUCCGCACGAAGGUCCGGUCCAGCAAUUUGGACCCAAUUCCCUUGGGGCGAUUAUUCAAGGACCAGGGCGCAUUCAACCACCGCAGGCAGUCAUGAAGAACUAA